AUGGCGGCUCGUCACCGCCGAAUCCGCUCCGAGGAGUUUGUCAUCGCCGCGUUUUCCGCUGCCGACGCGAACGACGAGCUCCAAGGCUCCCCUGGAAUGAACGCCGCCGCGUAUCGCGGCGCGCCAGAAGCGAGUAAAGCCAGCGGCUCGAGAGGCAAGCAGCCCCUACAAGCACAUCCCCCGCGUAGUAAACCGCAAGAAUGGCCGCUCGCCGCGGGAGCUGGACCAACGGGUCGAAGCAACCGGCCAGCGACGGCUAGCAGUGAGCAGACUGACGGCCCGGCAGGUUGGAGCCCAGUUCCCAAACACGCGAUUCCGGAGGGGAACAGGACGAGACGUGAGGGGGAGGGGCCUGGAAUCAUUGGCGCGCUUAAGCAAGGGCAUAGGCGGAGCCAAAGCGGCGGUCCUGGAGGCUUUGUGGGAGGGGGCAUAGCAGCAGAGAAUCUCCGGCAAGCCAGUCCCCAACAGCGACCGUCAGCCGUUAGCAACUAUUCUGACGGUCCGUCAGGAAGGUCGGGCAGCGCACCACGGAACGCCAGCCCCGAGGAGAGGGGCCGGCGCGAAGGGGCGAUUGCGGGCGCGGGUGGGGGGGAUGCAAGCGGAACGGGCAGAGCAGUAGGGGCGCGGAGCGGCGUGGGAGGGGGGGGGCGGAAGGUUUCCGCCAUGGGGAAUAGCGAGGGGAGCGGGGGGGAGAGAAGAGGCGGGAGUUACGGGGAGAGGUCGCGGGGUGGCGUAAGAGGCCCUGCUGACGACGAGUACGAUGGGGAGGUGGAAGAUGUGCGGGGGAGGCGAGUGCGCAGCAGUGGAGGGGGAGAAGGCAGGGGAGAAGGCGGUGAAUCAGGCGGGGGAGCAGGCGGGGGGGCGGCCAUUUGGGAUAGGCGACAGGCUCGAGCCAGCAGUGAUAAGGAGCGACAGCAGCAGCAGCAGCAGCAGCAGCCGCUGCAAGGAACCCAGCAGCACUCCCCUCCUCGCCACGACCAUCACCAGCAGCAGCAGCAGCAGCAGCAGCAGCAGCAGCAGGCGGCGCAGGCAUCGCAGCAGCCGCUGCCACCCCUGGGAAUACCCACUGCCAGGCGGAAUUCGCGCUCUUAUGACGGCGGCCCCUUAGACCUGAGGCGAUCUGUCAAGACUCCCCCUAGAAGCCCUGUGCUGCCCUAUCUGGGCGGCGCAGGCGCAGCAGGCGGAGCAGCAGGCGGAACAGUAGGCGGAGCAGCAGGGGGGGCAGGGGGACGGGGGGUUUCCCCCUAUGGGAGCCCCUUGCACAGCAGGCAAGGGGGGCAAAUCUCGUCCCAAGCCGCGCAGAGGGGCGCUCCAGCAGGCGCGGGGGGGUAUGCGGGGGGAAUGGGGGGAGGGGGACCUGCGCCUUCAGGGGCGAAUCCUGUGCGCCCAAGCCCCGGGUGGCUGGCGGGCGCACCUGGGGGUGGCGCAAGCGGGGCAGGGGGAGGGGGGAGGGGGGAGGGGGGAGGGGGAGGGGGAGGGGCAAGUGGCGCAGGGGGAGGCGCGGCAGGGGGGAUGCCUAUCAAGAAAAAGAUGGGACAUAGGAGCCCCGGUACCUUGGCUGCGCAGGAGGAUCGGGACCAAGCCAAGCUGGCGGAAAUCCAGAGCAUGUUCGCCAAUUGGAACCACGGAACGCCGAUCCCGUCCCCCAAAGCUGGAGCCUCGGCUCGGGCCGAAGCUGGCUUCCCGCUUCGGACGCCCCAGCCUAGCGACUACUACCGAAUCGACGGGGGGGAGACAGAGGGGGGAGAGGGGAUGGGAGAGGAGGAAGCAUCAGCAGAGGAGCUAGGGCCGACUCGUGCGAACGUGCUGGGAGAUCCUUAUCAGGAUAUCAGGAAGAAAUACAAGCUAGCUGAGAAGGAGCUAGGGCGGGGAAACUUUGGAGUGAUUCACGUGGGGGAGAAUUUGCAGACUGGGGAGCAGUUUGCAUGCAAGAGCAUCACCAAGGCUAAAUUUGAGUGCUGGGACGAUGUGGAGGAUGUGAGGAGGGAGUGUUGGGACGAUGUGGAGGACGUGAGGAGGGAGUGCUGGGACGAUGUGGAGGAUGUGAGGAGGGAGGUGAGCGUGCUGGAGACACUCAGAGGCCAUCCGUUUGUGGUGUCGAUUGUUGAGACAAUGGAGGACGAACAGGAGGUGCACAUAGUGAUGGAGCUGUGUGGGGGAGGCGAGCUGGUAAUUGCAUCGCCACACAUGCUCUGCUGCCCUCAAAUCCUUCCCUCGCCUUCCCCCCUUACCCCCCCUUCUCCCCUUCACCAGGAGGUGCACAUAGAGGUGCACAUAGUGAUGGAGCUGUGCAGUGGGGGAGAGCUAUUCGACCGCAUUCUCGACCGCAAGUACUACGGGGAGAGGCAGGCGGCACGGGUCAUUCGCUCCGUCAUCGAGGUUCUCUCCUUCUGCCAUGCGCGGGGGAUCGUGCACCGGGACUUAAAGCCCGAGAAUAUACUGCUCGCUUCAAAGAGGAGUGAUACGAGGGUUAAAGUGAUCGACUUCGGCAUGGCGUGCGUCUUGAAACAGGGCGAGCGCUGCAAGCUGAGAGCCGGAACGCCCAACUACAUUGCUCCAGAGGUGAUAGCCAAGAACUACGGCGCGGAGGCGGACGUGUGGAGCGCGGGGGUGAUCCUGUAUGUGCUGCUGUGCGGCCUGCCGCCCUUCUGGGGGGACACCACCGAGGACGUGUUCAAGAGCAUCCUGUGGCAGGAGCUCGACUUUGAGACCGAGCCCUGGCCGGUCGUCAGCACCGCUGCCAAGGACCUGGUCAGGCGGAUGCUGUGCCGGAAAUACGAGCGAAGGAUUACCGUUGCUGAGAUUCUGAGGCUCUGCUGCCAAGGAUCUUGUGCGCUGGAUGCUGAUGAGUCUACUUUUGUGCCGCAUGCUGUGCCGCAUGCUGUGCCGCAUGCUGUGCCGCAUGCUGUGCCGCAUGCUGUGCCGCAUGCUGUGCCGCAUCCUGUGCCGCAUGCUGUGCCGCAUGCUGUGCCGCAUGCUGUGCCGCAUGCUGUGCCGCAUGCUGUGCCGCAUGCUGUGCCGCAUGCUGUGCCGCAUUCUGUGCCGCAUGCUGUGCCGCAUGCUGUGCCUGUGUCGCAUCCUUUGCCGCAUGCUGUGCCGCAUUCUGUGCCACAUGCUGUGCCGCAUUCUGUGCCGCAUGCUGUGCCGCAUGCUGUGCCGCAUGCUGUGCCGCAUGCUGUGCCGCAUGCUGUGCCGCAUGCUGUGCCGCAUUCUGUGCCACAUGCUGUGCCGCAUGCUGUGCCGCAUUCUGUGCCACAUGCUGUGCCGCAUGCUGUGCCGCAUGCUGUGCCGCAUGCUGUGCCGCAUCCUGUGCCGCAUGCUGUGCCGCAUGCUGUGCCGCAUGCUGUGUCGCAUCCUGUGCCGCAUCCUGUGCCGCAUUCUGUGCCACAUGCUGUGCCUGUGCCGCAUGCUGUGCCGCAUGCUGUGCCGCAUGCUGUGUCGCAUCAUGUGCCGCAUGCUGUGUCGCAUCCUGUGCCGCAUGCUGUGCCUGUGCCGCAUGCUGUGACACAUGCUGUGCCGCAUUCUGUGCCACAUGCUCAUGGCUUCGAUUCUCUCCUGUUCCAUCCCUCUCUGUCAUUCCCUCUCCCAUUCCCUCUCCCAUUCCCUCUCUCAUUCCCUCUUCAUUCCCUCUCCCAUUCCCUCUCUCAUUCCCUCUUCUGCUCCCAACAGAACACCCAUGGAUAA